AUGGCGCCCGCAAAAGAGUCGCCCAUUCUGGCUUUAAUUAAACAUCCUUUCGUGGAAACUUUCACAUGGCUCUAUUUAAUUGCCCAGGCUGUGCUGAGAUACAUUUUCUCGCCUGUCCCACCUCCUCCAUCGAGUGGCAAUUCUGAAAUUCCUAAGAAGAGAGUCGCGGUCAUUGGUGCUGGAUUAACUGGGGUCUCUUCGGCGGCUCAUUGUGUUGGUCAUGGGUUCGAUGUACAGCUUUUUGAGUCCAGAGCUCAGGAUAAAGGAUUGGGUGGCAUAUGGAGUAGGGUAAAUUCCACUUCCGCACUUCAAGUACACAGUUUGAUGUACAGAUUUCACCCUUCCGUCCACUACGACAGUGCCUAUCCAAGCCAGCAGCAGAUCAAGGAACAGAUUGUGGCUCUGUGGAAACGUUACGAUCUCGAGCGACGUACUGUUUUUGACACUCGUGUCACAUCCGUGAAGAAAAAUGACAAAGGUCAAUGGAUCAUUAAUAACAAUGAGGAGGAAUAUGGCUUGUUUGACGGUGUCGUGACUGCGAUUGGUGUCUGUGGCGAUCCACAAAUGCCUACAUUGCCCGAUCAGGAGAAAUUCAAGGGUGGGAUCUUCCAUUCCUCCAAUCUUGAUGGCAAGGAUGCUAAAGGCAAGAAAAUCUUGAUUGUUGGGAGUGGAGCUAGUGCUAUUGAAGCUCUUGAAUUCGCUGUCAAGGCUGGCGCUGCUGAAAUUGAUGUCCUGUCUCGAUCAGACAAGUGGAUUAUCCCACGGAAUGUUCUUGUUCAAUCUUUGCUCGCUAUGAACGUCUUGGGUCAGGAAACUUCUUUCUCUUGGAUUCCGGAGUGGCUUUUGAAGAAGUUCUUCUAUCGUGAUCUACAAGAUAUCGCCCCGACUGACGAUGGAAUCUUCACUGAGACUCCGAUGGCUAACUCGGAGCUUUUUGACCAAAUUCGUGAAGGCAAGGCUCAUUGGCUACGAGGCGAUAUUGUUUCUGUCGAAGAGAAAGGUAUCUCAUUCAACCAUCGCGCACAGGGAGUACCUAAAGGAGGCCCUGGCAAGGAGAGAUUGAUAGAAGGCGAUAUCAUCGUCAUGGCGACCGGAUUCAAGCGCCCAUCAUUGAAUUUCUUGCCAGAUGUUGUUUUUGAAGAGCCAUAUGGUCCACCAAACUGGUAUCUUCAAGUCUUCCCGCCCAAGUACCCGGAUAUUUGUGCAAACAACAGCACCUUCAUCAAUGCUAUCGGUACCGUAGGGAACAUGCAUAUUGGCAUUUACACGCGGUUCCUUCUCAUGUUCUUGACUGACCCCUUGACUCGUCCCACCGAGCAACGGAUGAAGACCUGGAUUGAUUUCACUCGGUUUAUGAAGCGCUUUGCACCUACCAAGGCCUUUGAUUUCUUUACAUACGCGGAGCUUAUCUAUUGGUAUAUCUUCGUACUGGUCAUUAACCCUUUCCGGUGGAAGUGGGCAUUGUUUGUGUUUUUUGGUAUUGGGAGAGCUCUGCCGUUGAUGGUCGUUGAGCAGGAGAGUGCAUUCCGUCAGGAGUUGCUUAAGCAGCGUAAAGAUAAUUGA